AUGUGGCCCAAGAACACACUCCUUUUGCCUCUGCUUGCUCUUUGCUUGGGUCUUGGGGAUGCCCAGGGUCCCCAAACUGUCACCGUCGACAGCGCCGGCCAAACGUGCCCGCCUGCCCUAAUCACUUCCACCAUCAUCUAUGAUAUCACCUAUAGCCAGUUCUUUCAGUCCGCCGGUCAGAUCAUCACUAUCAACGGUGGCACAGUUACCAUCAAUAAUGCACCCACGACUAUCAUCACGAACUUCCAAUCGACGACUACGGUCGUGAGUACUAUUGGAGUGACUGUUACGGUGACAACUGAUAGCAAUGGAAAUACUGCUGAUCCUGGCCAAGGGAGCGGGAGCAAUACUGUUCCGACUGGCACAGGCCCAUCUGGGUCUGGCAGUCAGCCGCCCGCAACAGACACAGGCUCGGGCGGUAGUCAGCCACCUCCAACCGGCACAGAUACAGGCUCAGCCAGUGGUCAGCCAACCUUGACAGGAACAGGCUCGGGCGGUGGUCAGCAGCCAUCCCCGACGGGCACAGGUUCAGGCAGUGGCCAACCUCCCGUGACUGGCACUGGAGGCGCCCCCGACUCGGGUGCUAGCCAGCCGCCUGUUACAGGAUCCGGAGACCAGCCCGGUUCAACGCCCAAUAUCAUCUACCCUGUUCAGCCACCACCAACUACCAGUCCGGCGCCGCCCCCACCCAUUGUCUACGUGACCACCAAUGAGGCCGGCGAGACCAUCACCGUCACCACCGAACAGCCAUUGAUCACUCUGGGCGCAGGUUUCCCAAGUGGCGUCGUCUCCGAUCUUCCACCAGAUGACCCAAUCCUGCUGGCUUUUCAGUUUCCUGAGGUGCCUGACGCGAAGGCCAAACGGCAAGCUCCUGAACCUGGCGAUGACUUGGCUGGUCCUCCGGCUGCGGGAUUUGCUCAGGAUGCUGGGGGUCAAGCCGGGAACAAUUGUGCUGUGGCAAAGCGGUUCUAUCUCGAAAAUGGUAAAUUGCUAGUGCAGAACAGCUCGUUCCCGGUCGGUCGUAAUGCUAGCCAGGACUGGUCUUUCCUUGGCGCUGCUGAGUCUCCCACCGAAGUCCAGAAUGAUAUCGUGUUCGACGACGGCAGGUUCAGGUGGAAUACCCCGGACCGUGGGCUCGCCACGUUCUACCAAUGCGGAGACAAGAGGAUGUAUGCUGGCUGGCCAGGUCCUAAUCGACCUGAUUGCUCUGUGGUCGAGAUCGGCGGUGUCAAAGCUCGCUUUUGUCCCGUUGACCUUACCCUGAGAGCUGCGGCGGACCCUCCGGAUGACUCUGCCUCUUCUACGACGGCGAGUAACACGGACAGCCAACCUUCCCCGAAUGGAGUUUCAGCAACUCCCUCCACUCCAGGCUCCUCCCAAGGACCACCACCUCAAACCACGAACCCGGCUCAGCCUUCUACUGGUGUAUCGGCCCCCCAGAGCCAGAGCCAGAGCCAGAGCCAGUCGGCCAACACCCCCUCCGCCAGUGCGACCGUCAGCCAGCCGCCUCCACAAGGUUCGAGCAGCUCGCCUCGAGCUUCCAGUAAUUCCGUAAGCGUGGUGCCCACACAGGGUCCCACGGGUGGCACUUCCGGUGCCGUUCAGCCUACACUGGGACCUUCGAGUACCCCUGGGCAGCCUUCAUCAGCCCCCCCUACGCUACCGCCGUCAGCACCGGCUCCAUCAAGCAGCUCUACCCGAGUUGGCUCUGCGAGCAGUGUUGUCACGUCGGGUGCCGCUGUUACUUCGGCCAGCGCGCCAGCCAGCGCGUCUACAGGCGUUGUGACACAGACAACGACGCCAGGGGCACAGCCUUCUGCCUCGUCCUCAUCAUCAGGGUCGAACGCAGCCACUGUUCCCGGAAGCAGUCUUACAGCGUCCAGCGCUGCGUCUAGCGCCAGCAGCGUCAACAUCAGCGCGGGACGAUCGAGUUCCGUUACCGCGUCGUCUGCGACUUUCUCCGCUGCGCAGACUAUCGUGACUUCUGCCGCCACAGGUGUCACGACAAGCUCUGUGUCGUUUGCAAAUGCGUCAGUAUCUGUCAGCACCGCAUCCACGAGUCCGAACCCAGCCGCUGUUAUGUCGAGCUCGUCUUCCGCUUCGGUCCCGGCGCCCUCUGAAUCGUCUACCAGCCGCGGCACCUUCACCGGCACCAGGUCACGAUCCAGCUCUUCUACUGGUGAGAAUGCAUUUCUAGACUUAGCGUUUGAUGUUCUGACGUGUCGAUAG